AUGAGGCUCAUCGAAUAUGCCACCGAGGUCGAUGGACCAGGACUUGCCAAAGUCAACGUCCAAAGCUUCCAAGGCCGCCGUCUCCUCGAAGAACUUUUCCCGGAGGCCAGCUUCACCAGGAUGCAGGAAUACAAAAUUCUCGUGGGAAUGAAACAUCUUGCCAACCCCAAUAUGCAUGUCCUCAAAAUCCAUGAUCCAGUCAGUGGGGAGCUGGCGACCUACAGCCGUUGGCAUUUUCCAGCAUCAUUUGGCCCGAGCCUGGUUACUUUAAGUGAAAAGGCGGCCUCUUUGGCCAAGGACCCCAUUCCACAUGCACCCCGACCAAUGAAUGAGGAGGUUUUGAAUGCCUUUAAGAAGCUCCUAGGGGAUGGUCGGAAGCGAUACACUACAGAGCACGACAUCAUCCUCGAUCUGCUAGCAACCCUACCAAAACAUCAAGGGAGAGGUUUUGGCUCCGCUGUCUUGAAAUGGGGCAUGGAAAAGGCAGAUGCCUCCCAGUCGCGCAUCUUCCUCGAAGGUACCCCGGAAGGAGUCCCCAUCUACCUCAAGCACGGGUGGAAGGUAAAAGAGGAGGUGACUAUGGAUUAUACACGAUUCGGUGGUGUUGGGAAAGAGUCCUUUUUCCUGAUGAUGAGGGAUCCAGUUUCACCAUAA